GAGCGCCGGAGCGAGGCGGGCCGAGCGCCAUGCGCCGCGCCAGCCGAGACUACACCAAGUACCUGCGCGCCUCCGAGGAGAUGGGCAGCGGCGGCUCCGGCGCCCCGCACGAGGGCGCCCUGCACGCCCCGCCGCCGCCACCCGCGCAGCCCGCCCCGCACCAUUCCGCCGCUGCCUCCCGCUCCACGUUCGUGGCCCUGCUGGGGCUGGGGCUGGGCCAGGUCGCGUGCAGCGUCGCCCUGUUCCUUUACUUCCGAGCGCAGAUGGAUCCUAAUAGAAUAUCAGAAGAUGACACUCACUGCAUUAAUAGAAUUUUCAAACUCCAUGAAAACACGGAUUUACAAGACACAACUCUGGAGAGUCAAGACUCAAAAUUAGUACCUGAUUCGUGUAAGAGAAUUAAACAGGCCUUUCAAGCAGCUGUGCAGAAGGAAAUGCAACAUAUUGUUAAAUCACAACACAUCAGAGCAGAAAAAGCCAUGGUGGAAGGUUCAUGGUUAGAUCUGGCCAGAAGGAACAAGCCUGAGACUCAGCCCUUUGCCCAUCUCACGAUUAAUGCCAUUGACAUCCCAUCAGGUUCCCAUAAAGUGAGUCUGUCCUGCUGGUACCAUGACCGAGGUUGGGCCAAGAUCUCCAACAUGACUUUCAGCAAUGGAAAACUAAUAGUUAACCAAGAUGGCUUUUAUUACCUGUAUGCCAACAUUUGCUUUCGACAUCAUGAAACUUCGGGAAACCUCACUGCGAAUUAUCUUCAGCUAAUGGUGUAUGUCACCAAGACCAGCAUCAAAAUCCCGAGUUCUCAUACCCUCAUGAAAGGAGGAAGCACCAAAUACUGGUCGGGGAAUUCUGAAUUCCAUUUUUACUCCAUAAAUGUUGGGGGAUUUUUUAAGCUACGGUCUGGUGAGGAAAUAAGCAUUGAGGUAUCCAACCCUUCACUACUGGAUCCAGAUCAAGAUGCGACGUACUUUGGGGCUUUUAAAGUUCGAGAUAUAGAUUGAGCCCCAUUUUAUGAAGCGUUUUCACGUGUUUCCUAGGAUGUAUAGAAAACUUUAAACACAAGCCAAGAAAGAUAUAUGUAGGUGUGUGAGACUACUAAGAGCUAUGACCC